AUGAAAGUGGAUUCGGGAACGGUAGAUGCGGAAGCUUGUCGUGAUGCUGAGACGGAAAUUAAAAAUUGUUCGUCGAUUGGUGAAGCAGUAAUUAUUCUCAACCAUUUGUUCGGUUUUUGUUUGGAGCAGGGAUUUAUUGCAGCUAAAGCUCUUAGUGAUAAAAAGAAUUGCGUCUGGGAAACAUUCGAAUUACUCAUGCAUGGUUUGUAUUUGUCUGUGAAUAAAUGUAUGGAGAAAUCAACUGGCUUGUACCUUUAUGAUGGAGAACCAUGUCCACAUAGGGUUGAAUAG